CUGAUCUUUGUACCUAGGAGAAAGAGAGGUAGCCAGGUAUAAAAUACAUCAUUUCUGCUGACUAAGGACAGCAGCAAAGGACAAGAAGGAGAAAGACGAUGUCUGCCGAAACACCCAAAGAGGAAAACCAAACACCUCCACCUGUGCAAGUUGGAUGGCCAAUGUUCUAUUGUCCCAGCUCACAAGUUCACAGCGAUGGAGAGAUUGCAAAGAUCCGCAAAGAAUGCAAAAAGGAAAGUUUCUGGUACAGAGCUCUUCCUUUGUCUCUUGGGAGCAUGCUUGUCGCCCAGGGACUAGUCUCAAAAGGCAUUUUGUCAGCAAACCCAAAACUUGGAGCAUUACCUAAGAUGGCAAUUGCUGGUGUCUUAGGCUUUGGCAUAGGAAAGAUGUCAUACAUAGGAGAAUGCCAAAAAAAGUUCCAGAAAAGUGGUUAUGGUCCGAAAAAGAAAAGGCAUUGUCAUCAUGUUUGCAAAGAAUGUGAAGCAAAACUGAAAUCAAAGGAGAAAGAAGGCUCAACUCCUUCAGGAUCUUAGUCCCAGGUCUGGUGAAGAUGACAAAAAUUCUAUGGAUCAGCCUCUUCUUUCAAGUCUUUAUUUUGUAGAGAAGACAUAAUGCAUAAUUUUAGUUUCUUGUAAAUCACCUUAAUUGAAGUAGCUGCAUAAUCUUAACAUGGUUCUGUCCAUAAUAAAUACCCAUUUCUUGUAAUGUAUUUUUUUAGAUUUCCCUCUCUGUUCUCAGCAUGUUUUUUUUUGUUUUGUUUUGGUUUCCAUCCCCCUUUCCGCCCUUCGGUGCAGUUUAGCACUUUGUGCUGAAAUAGUAGAGAAAGAAACCUGAGGGUACGUUCUGUAUACAAACAGCAGGACAUACAAAAUUUCAUGCUGUAUCUCAGCAAAUCAAGAGCAGACACUUCCUCAAACAACAACAACAACAAAACAUAAAAUGGUGUUGCCUUGAAAACCAAAAGCACAGCUUCUGAAAGGCUGCCUUCACGGUCAGUCAGUAAAGCCUAUCUUCUGUGGUUUUGGUUGGUGAGUUUUUGUUCUAUGCUGUGCCUACAGCUUGUAUCCCCUCUUGAACUACCUGAACACAAAAAGACUCCUCAAGCAGGAAGCUUAGAAUGUAAAAGAAGAAAGUAACUAUUAACUGGUUACAACGAGCAAAAAGUAUUCCAGAUUUAACAAGCUAUUAGACUAAAUGCUCACCACCUUGAUAAAGCUGGGCUCUCAGAGGUUGUUCCUGUGGUCACCGUUACCUCUUGGGGGCUAGUGGAUGGGUGAAGACAGCUUUGCUGCUUAAUGGUUGCUCUAAAUGUAACUUUGUUCAGGUUCCCUAUUACUUUCCUGUAAUAAAUUUACUGUUAUACAAAAA